AUGGAUGGGAAGCAUAUUGCUAUAAUUUGUCCUAAAAAAGCAGGAAGCACAUAUUUUAAUUACAAACAAUUCCACAGCAUAGUCAUAUUAGCACUUGUAAGUGCCACAUAUAAAUUUUUAAUCGUCGAUAUUGGUGCUCAAGGUAAACAUAGCGAUGGAGGAAUCUUUAGACAUUCUGUUAUGGGACAACGAUUUUAUAACAAUAAUAUGUAUUUGCCUGCUCCUUCCGCUAUUAGUGCCAGACAUCAGGUUCCAUAUGUUAUUGUAGCUGAUGAAGCAUUUCAGUUAAAUUUAUUUACUAUGCGACCAUAUCCAUCAAAAAAUUUGACCUUCUCCCAACGAAUAUUUAAUUAUCGAUUAAGUAGAGCUCGACUAGUGUCAGAAAGUACAUUCGGAAUAUGGGUCGGUCGAUGGCGUAUUUUGCAGAGACCUUUAAAUACUAGUCUUGAAACAAGUGAUGCAAUAAUUAAAGCAACUGUUUGUUUACACAAUUUAUUAAUGAGCACUUCAUAUUACUGCCGAAACGAUUACGGUGAUAAAUUAUCUGAUCAAAUAAUUAAUGAAGAAUGGAGAUUAAGAAGUAUAAAUAACAGUAGCAAUUCUUGCAGUAAUAAUUAUAGUAAACAUGCUGGUGAAAUCAGAAAUACCUUCAUGGAUUAUUUUAUGAACGAAGGUAAAGUACCCUGGCAAGAAGACAGUAUUCAAAAGAACUUAUUAUAAUAAAUUUAUUUUUAUUCUAUAUUUUGUAAAAAUUAAUAUUAAGAAUAAAUUAAGAUUAAAAAA